AUGAGCGCCACAAAAAUCUUCCUGCGCUAUUAUCCGCCAGGUCUGGCAAUUAAUUAUCGAACUACCCAGGGCGGCGAGAGGCUCCGUCACUAUGAUCUACUUGACCUAGAUAGCAAAACCAACGUAGAACCCCUGGCCGACAGGAUUCUCCUGCAAACUCUAGCCGAGGCCGAAGAGGAACAAUCUCAGCCCAAGGACGAGGAUGAGGCAUCUUUACCUGCAGCCUGUCCCGCCAGCGGAAGGGUGGCCAAUGCCCAGAACACCUUUAGCGCCUUGAAGCAGGCUCUGGAAAAACUGCAGAGAAAACUACGCGAGCCUGUGAAAAAGAAAUUCUACCUGCACAAGUGCCACAAUUCGCACAUCCUGCCGCUGACCAAUGUGUGCUUCGAUCGGAGUGGCGAACGCUGUCUCACCGGGAGCUAUGAUCGCACCUGCCAUGUGAUCAACACCCAAGAGGCCGAGGUGGAGCACAUUCUCACGGGCCAUGACAAUGUGGUGUUCUCUGUGGGAUUCAAUCAACCGCACUGGUGGGUAAUUACCAAUUUUAAAAUAGAAAAUAGUUAAACCUCCUUAAUUCCCAGCGAUAAAAUCGUAACCGGCUCCUUUGAUGGCACUGCCAAGGUUUGGUCCUCGAGCAGUGGCCAGAACCUCUGCACUUUCUACGGACACACUGCCGAGCUGGUGGCUGCCGAAUUUCAUCCUUUGCAUGCCAAUGCCAUAGCCACCGCCUCCAUGGACGGCACAGCUCGCGUUUACGAUGUGGAAACCGCACAGGAGCUGCAGACGCUUAGCCACCAUGGAGCCGAGGUGAUAGCUGCUCGAUACAAUCGCGAUGGUCAGAUGCUGCUCACAGGAUCCUUUGAUCAUACGGCAGCUAUAUGGGACGUGAGGAGCAAGAGCCUAGCCCAUCAGUUGCGUGGCCACAGCGCCGAGCUCUCCAACUGCGUGUGGAACUUUAGUGGCUCUCUGAUAGCCACCGGCUCGCUGGAUUACACAGCUCGGAUCUGGGACGUAAGGAGGUUGGAUCGGGAACUCCAGCUGGCGGCCAAGCACAGUGACGAGGUCCUGGACAUCUGCUUCGAUGCGGCUGGGCGGCUGUUGGCCACCUGCAGUAGCGAUUGCACGGCGCGGGUGUGGAACGUCGAAGGAUCCUCGGAGCAGCUGGAGAUGCUCUCCCUGAUGGCUGGCCACACGGAUGAGGUGUCCAAGGUGUGCUUCAGUCCCAGCGGCUGCAUGCUGCUCACUGCAUCGGCGGACAAUACUUCGCGUCUGUGGCUCACCGACUCCGGUCAGUGCUCUCAGGUGCUGGCCGGGCACGAGGGAGAGGUCUUCAGCUGCGCCUAUAGCUACACGGGGGAUGCCAUUCUCACCGCUUCCAAGGACAAUAGCUGUCGCUUUUGGAGAUGAUACGACUGGUAUACGGUUCAGCUGAACGACGAAAAUUAAAGGCAGGGUUUUUUUCUUGUUUUUUUAUAUUUUUUUUAUCAACAUUUACUACAAACUCGAGCGUAAUUUUGCUUUUCUCUCUUAAGAUUUUUCAUCAUCAUCAUCAUCAACUUGCUUUGCUGGUUCUUAUAAAUUAAUAGUUUUAGCUUUUCAUUUAUCGUUUCUUUAAGAUCUCGGACAUUAUUGUGGAUUUGCUUUGCUUACUUUAGGCUUUUAGGUAUUACUUUUUCUCAUCGUAGAUAGUUACAGGUUUUGUUUGCUAGUUUUGUUUGGUUUUCUUUUCCCAUUUUUUUUGUUUUUGU